CUCACCGCUUUUCUGCAAGAGUCAAGGGAGCAGCAUGCCGAUCCUCUGCGCAGGGAGCCCGACAUGAGAAGAUCUGAGCUGUGUGACGCGGGUCAGAGCGCACGACUCUUCAUAAAAACGGCUUCCACUGAUGCUACCACGGACAAACUUCACACAGGGACUCUGAUCUCAUCCACUUCGUCUUCUUUUUCUCUCAUGGAUUUCGAGGAAGCCAUGGGAAAGGCGGCGUGAACUUUGAGGACACCCAAGACGCAAAGUUGGAUACGACUCACGCGUAAUUACGCACUCCAAGAAAGUGGCCGAAUAGUGCUCUCCAAAGACUCUUGGCGCAUCGAGUGUCAUAUCGAACUAUUGUAUUGACCGACAUGGAUCAAUCACAGCAUUUUGCAGCCAUGUAUUUGCUAGUGCUGUCCCUCGGACUUCUAAUAGACAGGGGGAUUUGUCAGCAUUAUUACCUUCUCCGCCCCAUCCCGAGUGACAGUUUGCCACUUGUGGAAUUAAAAGAGGAUCCCGAUCCCGUCUUUGAUCCCAGGGAGAGGGACCUUAACGAGACAGAGCUGAAGAACAUCCUGGGAGAGUUCGAUAGUCGCUUUUUGUCGAUUUUACCACCCAUCGAGGACAAAUACACGGGGAACGAGGAGCUCGAUGACUUUGGGAUUCAGCAGCCCGGUGGAGUGAUGCCGAAAGAAAUCAAAGCUAUGGAAUUCGACGUUCAGCUUGGCAAGAAGCACAAGCCCAGUAAAAAAAUGAAGCGGAGGCUGCAGCAGUGGCUUUGGGCAUACUCGUUUUGCCCGGUCAUGUACACAUGGAACGACCUGGGAAAUAGGUUUUGGCCCCGGUUCGUCCGGGUGGGCAGCUGUCUCACUAAAAGGUCGUGUUCGGUUCCGGAGGGAAUGGUCUGUAAACCUGCCAACUCGACUCAUCUGACAAUACUGAGAUGGAGAUGCGUGCAGAGGAAAGGAGGGCUGAAGUGCGCUUGGAUACCGGUUCAGUACCCCAUCAUCACAGAGUGCAAAUGCUCCUGUUCCAGCUAAAUGACUUUUCAGCAGCAAAAUAAAUUAUAAGCUCAUCAGUUUUUGUGAUUUUCACAUGCACUACCAAGUGUAGGAAUGUAUUUUAUGUAUAUGAGGUGCCAUGCAAUUAUAACUCCCUGUACAAAGUCAGUAUUAUUUGUAACCAGAGAGUCUACUUUAUUUGUGGAGAAUAUUGGUUAUAUAUUUUGUAUUUAUGGAGAUGGCGAAUAGUGCCAUGUAAGGACCUGUUGUUUCCUUUUGGAUAAGGCAGAUCGACCUCAGACGAGUCAAACGUGGAUUAUUGAUACAGAGUUGUAUCGGCGACUUGUUUUAUCAUGUAAAUUAAGAGAACUGCUAUUUAUUCUUUAUAUUCAUACAA